UUGGAUGGGUGACCGCGCUUAAAGAGCGUAGCAAGUGUCUUAAAGUUGGAUGGGUGACCGUCAUAGCAAUUGUCUAAAAGAUGGAUGGGUGACCGGGCAUAGCAAGUGUCUUAAAAUUGGAUGGGUGACCCUCAUUAAGCAACCUAGAGUUUGGUCACUAUAGGAUGGGUGACCGCGGCUAAAGGGCGUAUCAAGUGUCUUAAAGUUGGAUGGGUGGCCGGGCGUAGCAAGUGUCUUAAAGUUGGAUGGGUGACCGCGCUUAAAGAGCGUAGCAAGUGUCUUAAAGUUGGAUGGGUGACCGUCAUAGCAAGUGUCUAAAGGAUGGAUGGGUGACCGGGCGUAGCAAGUGUCUAAAAGUUGGAUGGGUGACCGGGCGUAGCAAUUGUCUUAAAGUUGGAUGGGUGACCGCGCUUAAAGAGCGUAGCAAGUGUCUUAAAGUUGGAUGGGUGACCGCGCUUAAAGAGCGUAGCAAGUGUCUUAAAGUUGGAUGGGUGACCGCGCUUAAAGAGCGUAGCAAGUGUCUUAAAGUUGGAUGGGUGACCGCGCUUAAAGAGCGUAGCAAGUGUCUUAAAGUUGGAUGGGUGACCGCGCUUAAAGAGCGUAGCAAGUGUCUAAAAGUUGGAUGGGUGACCGCGGCUGAGGAGCCUGGUGAGGGGCGGAAGUUGGAUGGGUGACCGCGGCUGAGGAGCCUGAUGAGUGUCUAAAGUAGGAUGGGUGACCGCGGCUGAGGAGCCUGAUGAGUGUCUUAUAGUUGGAUGGGUGACCGGGCGUAGCAAGUGUC